AUGUUAUUUAAGUUACUCUUUUUCGCUGGCGUUGUGGCGGCCAAAGUUCAAUUUAUGGGGAUGAAUAUUGCUGGCUUUGAAUUUGGUUGUGAGAUAGAUGGAACAUGCCCGACAGGUUCUGCAAUUCCUCCUCUCUCGGAUGGACCCGGCCAAAUGCAGCAUUUUGUCAAGGAUGAUCAAAUGAAUAUUUUCAGAUUGCCUGUCUCAUGGCAAUUUCUCUUGAACAACAAACUUGGUGGUACACUUGACAGUUCAAAUAUGGGAAAGUACGAUAAACUCAUGCAAGCUUGUCUUGCAACGGGAGCAUACUGCGCGAUUGAUCUACACAAUUUCGCAAGGUGGAAUGGGAAAAUUAUUGGCCAAGAUGGAGGCCCAACGAAUGAUCAAUUUGCUGAUAUAUGGAAGCAAUUAGCCAUAAAAUACAAGGCUAAUGAGAAGGUCAUCUUCGGACUCAUGAACGAACCUCAUGACGUUGAUAUUAUCGCAUGGGCCACCUCAUGUCAAGCAGCCGUUACAGCGAUUAGAAAUGUUGGAGCAACAUCGCAGAUGAUUCUUCUGCCAGGCAAUGAUUUCACAAGUGCUGGAAAGUUCGUUGCCAACGGAAGUGGGGCAGCUUUGCUCGUCGUCAAGAAUCCCGAUGGAACGACAAACGGCCUCAUCUUUGACAUCCAUAAAUACUUGGAUGUUGAUAAUUCGGGAAACCAUGUCGAGUGUACGACUGACAACACUGAAGCAUUUGCAAGUGUGGCACAAUUCUUGAGAGAAAAUGGGAGAAAAGGUCUUGUUAGUGAGACAGGCGCUGGGAGCACGGCUUCGUGCUUCACUGCAUUCUGUGCACAGAACAGCUUUAUCAACCAAAAUUCUGAUGUAUAUCUCGGCAUCAUCGCGUGGGCUGCAGGUAGCUUUUCUACGUCCUACACCCUCAGCUUAACACCAACAAAGCAAAACGGAAAAUUCGUGGACAAUAAGUUGGCGUCGCAAUGUGUAGUUUCCGUCUGGCUAAACGCCCCCACUGCCGUCGUCACCUCUGCGGUCGUUUCCCCCACUUCGUCAAGAGCAGGGCCAUCGACCAGUGCCAGUGCCCUCGAAUCCGCAACAGUGAUCCAGCCUUCUGGUUCCGUUACAUCUUCAAAGUCAGUGGCUGCUGGCACAUCAACUACAGUGGCUCUGAUGCAGACGACUGCUGCUAUUGUUCAAACCACUAACAUUCCUGGACCGGCAUCAGCUUCGCCAACAUUUGCAGUGGUUACUACCGGCCUUGUAACUGCAUCCAGGAACACCUCGGGAAAUGCAGCAGGAACAGGAGAUUCAACUUCGUCGGGGGCUGUGGCGACUCCAACAUUCCAGAUAUCUGGAGCAACCGUUACUAGUCAUCUGCGUAAUAGCUUUGGGAUUGGACUCUGCGGUUUCUUUGUUUUGAUAUUGAUUUAA